ACAGUUGCUUUUCGAAGUACCUACGUCGUUGACCGUAUCUGCUGUCUUCUGCUGCUUUCUCUCACAACAGUUGGCUAUGGUCUUCUGUGCAGGACACCAACCUGAUGGUCGGCAAGAAAAAUAUCGGGUGUAGACGGUAAACAGGAAUAAUACAGCUACAGGAUUCGGAUGUGACAGUUCAAGAUGAUAGCCAACGACUACGUAUUGGAACUGAACAGUGUUUUUUAUUCUGGUCAAGUAGAACCUGCAUCAUGUGCUCAAAGAUUGUUGGGGAGCGUAAAGACUGGAGUUAUCCUGAAAGAUGUCUCCAUGACUGUUUACUCCGGAGAAGUUAUAGCAAUUCUAGGAUCCAAAGGUAGCGGUAAGAAAGCUCUUCUGGAUGUUAUAGCCAGACGAGUUCAAGGCCCAACCAGAGGUCAAAUUUUACUCAACAAUCAACCUCUCAGCUUGAAUGUCUUCAAUCAAAGAUGUGGUUAUGUCACUCACAAAUGCGACCUCAUACCAGGAUUAACUGUUGAGGAAAACUUAUACUACGUGCCCACAAAGUUGUCAGGAUACGUGAAGAAAUCCAAGGUCAAACAAGUGAUGGCUGAUCUUGCCUUAUCCCAGAUAGCUGGAAGAUGCACAGAAAACCUGAACCGUAGUGAAUUCAGGAGGCUGAUGAUUGGAAUGCAAUUCGUGAAAGAUCCAGUUGUUCUUCUGUUGGACGAGCCUACUUGGGAUCUGGAUCCCCUAAAUACCUAUCUGGUGAUAUCAAUCCUCUCCAACGCAGCUAAGAAAUACGGCUCUGCUAUAAUACUGACAAUGGAAAAACCAAGAUCAGACGUAUUUCCAUUUCUUGAGAGAGUACUAUAUCUAUGCCUUGGAGAUGUUGUCUAUUCUGGUGGAACCAGACAAAUGCUGGAAUAUUUCAAUGAAAUUGGAUUUCCUUGUCCUCAACUGGAGAACCCACUCAUGUACUACUUAUGCCUAUCAACAGUAGAUAGAAGAUCUAGAGAGAGAUUCGUAGAGAGCAAUCAUCAGAUCGCUGCACUCGUUGAAAAAUUCAAAUUAGAGGGAGGAAUAUACAGAAAAGGUACUAUGAAUCAUCCAAUGGAGCACAGCCUAGGUUUAGGUAAUAAGAUGCCCUUGCUCUUGGAGAAGCCUGGUACCUUUCGUGUAGGUUGGACCCUUUACACGCGUAUCCUGGCCUCGACUUUGAGUUUACGUAAAUGUGGAAUGAAGAGUAUGUUUUUGAGGUUAUUCCUGCUUCCAUUGUUCUUCUUCAUGCUGUGGGGUAUCUAUAGAGAGAUGAAGAACUACCAACACACAUUUGUUACAAGGAAUGGUCUCAUACUGAACAUCUUAUGCGGAUCUUACUUCAUUGGAAUCAUCAAUGCGAUAUCUUUAUUCUCAGUCUACAGAACGAGAUAUUUCCAAGAAUCUCAAGAAGGUUUAUACGGAGGAACGUUAUUCUUGACAACUUAUAAUCUGGUUACGAUUCCUUUCUCUUUCCUAACAACUGCUAUGGCAACCGCAAUCAUCUACCCCUUGAUUGGCAGCUUCGAUGAACCUAUGGAAUAUCUGUAUCUCACUCUCAUCUUAUGGGCCUGUUAUUUAUUCUCUGAACAGCAAACCAUGGCUAUACUGAUCAUGGUGAAGGAUAGGUUGACCGCUGCGAUUUUCAGUACAUAUAUCACCUGUAUAUGUAUUGCAGUAGGCAGUGGCAUAUUAAGGUCCAUGAAAGGAUUGCAAGACUGGUUGUACUACCUCACAUAUGGCAUUCAAGCAAGAUACGCAUCAUCUUUCCUUCACCGUCAAAUUUUCUUAACACCUGAAAUGCAGAGAGCUCUAUCAUUCGAUGAUUCAAAAAAUUGUAGUGGAAUGAAUUUGAUUGAAACCUCCAGUCUGCUUUCCAAUAAUCCUUAUUGUCGAUACGCAAGUGGCCAGGCCUAUUUGACAGAAAGGUACAGCAGGGAUGCAACAGAUGUCAUCUUCAAUGGAGUUCUGGAUUUCGAUAUAAAUUUGGGAGUUACAUUCGCUUUUGCUGUUGGAAUGUUGGUGUUCAAUUUGUUCUUGUACAUUCUUCCUUUGCCGGCUUUUAUAAAAGCUAAAUUCAGAGAAUAAGAAUGCAGUCUUUACAUUUGAGCAGGUACCUACUGAAGAGUUGGGUUGCUGUAAAUCUGCAACGCAUGCAAUACAGUAGAGGAUCAAGAAGGAAUAUUAUCGUCAAAUGAAGAACAACAUGGUUUCUAAAUGUAACAAUGUAAAUAGUGGUAUUUAAGAUAUAUGUUUAUAUGAAUUUUUUAUGAAAAAAGUUGUUUUAUCCGA